UUAGCUAUGUCCAUGAAUGAUAUAAUGAAUAACCUUGGCUCCUUUGGACAAUAUCUGGUCGGGUUGGCCGAGGACCGGCGUCUUAUUAAUGCUAACGAUCCGGAUGAAGCUCUGGUGCAUCAGAUGGGAGACAGAAAAGAAGCGAUUGAGGCGAUAAAGAGACUGUGGCUGGAGGAGACUCGGGCCAUAACCAUAGACGCCCUGUGCACGGUGGCAAGCAACAUCCACCAGAGCACCGAACAGUUCCUGGUGCAGCUUAAGUGUCUGGAGGAUGAGACCAUGGAAGGACUGGACAGAGACAGUGGGAAAAUGCUGGCGGAGUUGGAGAAUAUGGAGCGCAUUCGCUGUCUUCGUGCCAUUCGAGAAGUAUCUAAGCCGAUCACAGAAACAUUGUAUGGAGGUCAAUUCUACAGGAGGCCUGGAAAGCUGAAAGUGGAUAACCCUCCGAGCAGCGCUACCGUUUCCCCACAGUAUUUUGCACCCAAAUCAAUUCAAGACCUGCAGAGAAUUGGGCAUUCGUUUUCUAUUGAUGAGCCAGCUGCUUCACCCACUCAAGAUUCUCACCGGCGGCUGAGCAAUGGUAACACACCGCCAUUACAGAACGGAAGUGUGACGGGCACCCCACCUCGUGCUAUAUCUCAGAAUCAUCAAGGCCAAAUUUUGAAAAAUACGGGGGUGACUGCAGGUGUGUCCAAUGCCAGUAAGUUUGCUGGAGACAAGAGGUACAAGAUAGAGCACACGGGACGCACGGGGUCAUCAAUGCGCAAAGCUAUUAGCGGUACAUCCAGCAGUAGUCUCAACAAUGGUGGAGGCUCCUCGCUGACGUCAAGUUCGCCGGGACAGUCGAACCAGAGUCUUAAUUCGAAUCCUAAUGAAUCUAUACCGAAACCGCCCCCGCCCCCGACACUCUCACACCCACCACCUCCAACCAAUCCUGCAGCAGGGAAAAAGGGAGCACCUGCGCCCCCUCCUCCGCCCCCACCACCGCCACCCAUGCCACAACAGCAGAGUAACCCCAAGCUUGGAAAGAGUGAUCCGAACAGUUUGAAGCCGAAGAUGGACUGGACACGACCAAUAAGCGUAGGGCCGGGAGACUAUGUGCCUGAUGAUGCGGAGUACGAUGUGACAGGGGACUCAAAUGGUGCAGAUGUUGUACAGGCAAAGAUGCGAGUGCUGUAUGAUUAUUCGGACGAGUACAACAAUGUGAGUUACCAGAAGGGGGACAUAGUGACCACUGCCUCCUCCGACUCUACCUGGACUGAGGCCACAGCUGACCACAUUGCAUGGGGCAUCAUUCCCACCUCCUAUCUGGCACCAACUAACUCACACUAAUACAAUUCAUACAUAAAUAUUGGAUUGUAGUAGUUUUUUAAGCGCUAAUCAAACAAGUCGAAUUUCUACCUCUUUACGUUGUGGUUUUUAUGCUGUUAAAUUUGAGAUAUCAAAGAUAGAAAAAAUCUCCUGAUUUGGUUUUCUUAUAUUGGGCCUAUUUUGUCCACAAAAAAGUGAGUCGUAAGUAAUCUAAAAUUCAAAAAAUUAGAUUAAGCUCUAAAUAUUUUUUUUUCUUUGAAAAGCAAAAGUUAAUAAGUUUUUAAAAAAGAAAUUAGUAGUUAUUUUUUCUGUUUGCUAAAUAUUAUUUUUUUCCACCUGUCUGUUAGAUAUGCUUCGAUACUAUUAUAUCGGAUUCAUCACGCUUUUUUGUUUGUUAUGAUGCAUUCCAGGUAGCACACCUAAAUGGUUGUUUACUUUGUUUCUUAACAUUUUACUGACUGCUUUUGGACAUAAGAGACCAUAGCGUUUUUUAGGGAUGAAACAAGACAGCUAGUAUGAUUUUUAAAGUGCUUUCUGUAAUGAAACCGGAAAUCAGUGAUACAAUGAAAACGAAAACCAGUGCAUUGACUGAAAUGAGUUUUGAAGCUUCUGAUUUUUUAAAAGCUGGAAAACAAUUUUGUGAAUUAAGUUGUUCUGGUGCGUAUUAUUGUAUAUAUCAAGAUCUAAAUUAGGUUCGCGUGUUGUUUCAUAACCAUUUGAUUGAAGUAGCCUCAAAUACUGUUCCUAAGAAUAGAAUAACAUAUAUUUAAUGAUAAAGGGUCUAAAUAAUGGGCCCAUGUGAACAAUCUCCCCUCUGAAUAGACCAAGUGAACAAUCUCCCCCCCCCCAUAAUUAAAUGACAAAUUCAGCAGUAAGCCAUGCAUGCAAUGUGCUCAAUUUUGAUUGGCUGAAAAAUAUUACAUUUAACCAAGUGAACUUUCUCCCCCCUUAAUUGAUUUAGGGGGGAGAUUGUUCAAUUGGUUCAAAUUAUGUGUUAUUGGUUUAUUUUUAAUAUUGUUGAUUGUAUUUAAAAUCAAUAUGUGCUUGUUCAUAUCCAAAUUUUCAAUUGUACUUAAAUGCAUUGUAAUUAUUAAUUAGAAUAAUGCUUAAUCAUUGUAAUUAUUAAUUAGAAAG